CGAACCUUAGCCUUCGACAUCUUUUAUUCUCUCCACUCUGUCAUACUGAAUGGUUCAUCCACCCCCAAAAUGUCUCAUGAGCUCGACUCCGAUGUUCCUUCCAACGUUCCCUCUGAAACUUCGAUAUGUGAAACCUAUACUGUACGACUACAACCUCAACACGAUCUAGAGAUAGUGGGCGUUGGAGCCUCGGGCCAAGUCUACAACGUUUGCGACCAGAUUGUUCUCAAAACUUGUCGAAUUUUCGCGCCACCCAGCAGCGAUGCCUCACAACGCGACCACUGGCAUUACGCUUCAGACACGCUUAUCCACUUCAACUUGCUGAAAGAGGAGCGAACUGUUCUAAAGCUGCUUCAGACAAGGCCCCAUCCUCACAUCAUAGACGCCAUCGAAACUGAUCACUCCGAGGGACUCUAUCUCCGCAAGUAUCGACGUCUGACUGCGGAUAUAGUCCCCUCUCAGUGUCAUCGAAUCAGAGUCUACCGUGAUAUCACCGAUGCUCUGCGCCAUCUUCACAGCCUUAGAAUAGUGCACGCAGAUAUACGGACUGACAAUAUCCUUUUUGACGAUCACGACUCAGCGAUUCUUUGCGAUUUCAGCGCCGCCAGUACUUGCGGUCAAGACAAUCUGGUUUUUCCGCAUCUUCCUCUUCCCAUAAAUGGCCCUUCGCCGAUUUUAUCAGAAGCAUCGGAUAUGUUUGCGAUGGCAUCAUUGAUUUUUCAAAUGGAGCAUGGAGCUGCCCCAGAGCUGUCUAUUGAGAACGGAACGCUAGUUCUACCUGAAAUAAGAUCGGAGAAUCAAGGCAUUGAUGAAGUCAUCCAGAAAGCAUGGCUUAGACAGUAUAGCAGUACGUCGGAAAUGCUA